ACUUUAUAGAAAAAAAUAAAAUCAUUAAAGAAACGAUACUCAAAGUAGAUUGACUUCAUUCCCACGCGGCAGAUAAAAAGUGGCCAACCGAACUCACCGGACCAGUGUCACAGCGGAGAAUGCAGAAUUCAGAUCAUCGCAGCAGAGCAGAAAACUAGAAAUCGCCAUUGAACUGCAAGCAACAGAUCUCCCAGUACUUUCUAUACAAUUACUGCAAUUACUGUCUCCCUCUCGAUCGCUUCAAAGCUGCAUCAACCGAACAAGGAAAUAUAAUAUAAAAAUGCCUUACCGGAAACUCGUAGAGGUGGAGCCGCCGAGUCCGUUAAGAUACAUUAUUGGAGCAGCAAUAAUGAUGAUAGGAGUGGUCUUACCUGUCGGUUAUAUGAUGUUUCGUAACAAGCGUGUCCCUUCUUCUUCCUCUUACUCCAAACAGACGUAGGAACAAAGUGUUGAUAUAGAGUGAUAUGGGACAAGAGACUUAAACAUAAUUCUGUUUCAGUUGAGUUUGAAGAAAAUGCAAAAACAAUUUGGUCUUGACUGAUGUGAAACUACAAAAUGUAAAUGCAUUGAAACUCCAAUUUUGUUAUAUUUGUUGAGAAUUCUAUAUGAGUUUAUAAAUGGUGUGGUUUGGUUUAAAAGUGCAUGUUUUUACUUGUACUGAGGAAUUCUAAUUCAAGUUCACAACAUGAAAGCAAUGUUGUUUGAUUCAGUAUU